AUGGCUCCUCCACUGAGUAAAGAGAUUAUUACGGACAGCGAUAGCAGUAGCGAAGAGUCCUCUGAGUCAGAACUGCAAACGAAACCUUCAGCGCAGAAACCAAUUGAGAAGACAAAGCCGAAGAAACAGUUGACAAUUGAAGCCAAAGAGAAGGCAAAUCCGGAAUCAAGUUCUCCAAGUUCAGAGUCGGAGCCCGGAGAAGAAAGUGAAAGCUCAGAUGGAGAAGAACCUAGCGCGCUUGAAAUGGUUUCUACUCUAGCCAUUGCGGUACCAGCACAGGAGUUCAAAGCCCCCGAUGGGUUUAAAGUAAUACCGACAAUGGCACCACGAUCGUCAGACGUUUCGAAAGCAUUCUCAGAUCUACGAGAGAAACAACUAUGGCACAUUACCGCUCCUGCGUCCGUUCCGAUGAACUCGAUACAGGAGUUUGCGUUUGAUGCCGUGGCUCAGGGACAAUCGAUAUUCAAUCAUAAGGGGAUUAAUUAUAAAUUACACGAAGGCCAAAUGGGAGCGGAUAAAAACAAAGCACUUCUCCUACCAGACAAGGAGGGCAAUACCUACCACAGAAGCCACGUUAACAUCGCGCAAACUUUCCACUUGGAGCGCAUAGUUGACCUGGCAAAUGGCGUUACGUAUUCAGAACAAUCUGUUCAAAUAAGUGAACUAACAAAGCCCGUCCGGAAACAGCCAAAGCAUCUAAAAAUGCGGUAUAAACCCUUUGGUGCUUCAGUAGAAGACGAACCGGAAACAUCUGGGUUUGGCUCGGAGGAGUCAGAGGGAGAGGGAGCUUCGUUCCGCAUGCCUCCAACGUUAUCACUGGACGGAGAAGGCAAAAAGAGGAGGAAGUCGUCCAUGGAGGUGGAACCGGAUAAUGAGCAAAGGGAGCGGCGCAAGAAACACAAGAGGAUACAUUCGCAUUCCGCAGCCGGUGGCCCGGAGGACAUCUCGCUAACCGAAGAUGUGGCUCCGUCUCCCAGAUCCAAAAAUGCUGUGGAUGCAGGAAUAGCGCGAGGGAGGACAGGAGAGCAACUCAGGGAGAAGGGCAACAAGAAGCAUAGGAAUGAGACCAGCCAGGAACGGAGGGCACGGAAGGAAGAGAGAAAGCGAAGAAAACAGGCAUUGACGUCGUAA